AUGACUGGAGUAGUGAAUUAUACCGAAUUGAAUACAGCAGCACCAAUAGCCGUAGCCAUACAGGCAACUGGAAUGCGAUGGCUUACGAUUAUAGUUGAUCUCGGUGCACUUGCUGGUCUUACAUCAGUGAUACUCAUUUCGCUCAUGUCUCAACCACGCAUAUUCUACAUAAUGGCCCAAGACGGUCUCCUCCCCGCCGCAGCCUCCAAAAUUCAUCCACGCUUUAAAACACCUUACAUUACCACAAUAAUAACCGGAGCUGUUGCAGCGAUUGGCUCUGCAAUUCUGCCUAUAGACGUUCUUGCCGAUCUCACUUCUGUUGGUACACUUUUCGCUUUCUUCCUAGUUAAUAUCGGUGUACUAAUUCUCCGUAUCAAGGCUCCUCACAUACCUCGAGGAUUCCGUGCCCCUGGCGGAACGUAUUUUGUGCCGGUUCUUGGGUCUAUAAUGAAUCUUUUUUUGAUAGCUACUUGCCCGCGUAGUAGUAUCGAGCGUCUGUUUAUUUGGAUGGCAAUUGGAUUAGUUAUCUAUGGCCUCUACGGAAGGAA